UGUUUAAAAUAUCUCGUAAUUAAAAAUUUUACGAUACUUUUCAAUUUUUGUAUCAAAAUUUAAAAUAGACUUUUUGAAUAGACGAAAACAGUACGCUUUACCUGUAGUCGACUUCUCUGUAUAAUAGAAUUGAUGUGGGCAUUUCUUCGAAUUGAACAUUCAUGUAAUUUUCUCUGUAAAUCUUCAGCUAUUUGUUGUGGACUUCUAAAUGGUUUCUGAUCGAGAAUUCUCUGAGGUGGUUUAAAAUUUUCCCUUAUCGGAAAGUCGAAUGUAAUAUCGAUGAAUUUAUUUGUUUUUUGAGUGUGCUCAAAAUCUUCUAUUUUAUAACAAUCCAGAUGAUCGAUUUUUUGACUACAUGCGCCAUUCUCACCACUUCCUUGCAAGGACGUUUUGCUACAAAAAUCUACAACAUAUGAAGUUUCCUUCUGUAAUUCAAUUCUUGCAAUGGUGAUUAAACGAAGAACUGACGAAGAAUUAUUCCAAGAUCAUCCCAACGAUGAGAGUAAAAAUGAAAUCAAACAAGAGUCUUAUGACGACGUGAUCCUAAGAAGAUUGAAAGCUUCACUUUCCGGCGUUCCGCCUCCUCCAAUUCUAACCGUACCUCAGCAGAAAGUUGAAGAUAUUCUGAAUAUUUUGAAAAAUUCUUCUCAAGAGAUGAUUUCAAACGAAAAGACUGAAUCAAAUCAGAUUGUUCUCAAAAAUAAUUGUUCCUUUCAAAAAGCCUUAAAUAGUGAAUGGCCGGAAACAAAAAAUUGUACUUUUUUCGACAUUAGUUAUAAUUUAGGAGAUUUAUCGGAAAAAAUGGUCGACCUUUACGAAAAAUACAGAGAACGAUACGUUGGCUGUGAAACGUCAUCUUUUGUUAGUUCUUAUAGUCCUAGUAAAGAUUUCUUGAACAAGAAAAAAGAUCGAAGAAAAAUGAUCGGUUAUUCUCCGGGGCGUAGACUAUCACAUUUAGCUAAACGUCGAACUAUGUUUUCAUCGCAGUCUUUACAAGCUGCGAGCAAAUGUAAAACAUCCGCAUUACAAACGAAGACUAUUUUAGUCGAGCCAAACAAAGAUAAGAAAAGUAAAGAGGUGAAACGAGCUUUAUUUCAUACUCCGGAUGAAAUAAAAAGCAAAGCUGAUUUCAAAAGUUCAACUAGUAAAUUAAAGUGUAUGCAGUUGAGACAUUCGUUAUGGUUACGAAAAAGAACGCCUUCCAAAGGCACUCCUCGAAAGACGCCGCAUAAACAAACUCCGAAGAAGCCAACUCCUAAAAAGCAUACUCCUAAAAAAAAUUGUACCCCUAGAAAGGCGAAUGAAAUAGCUGGCAGCUCCGGAUAUUCUAAAAAUUUUGUUGGUAAAAUGUAUCAAACAAAGAUGACUGAAAAUGGAAAACGAGUGAGAUUGGACGUCGAAAUUAAUGACAAUGCCUCGGAUGGGUAUAAUCUUUCGAGAAAUGAUAGUAAUAUUUCAGAACUAAGCGAAACUCAACGAAAAAAACUUCUGUGGGCUGUAUCGGCUGCAUUAAAGAAAGUAGGCGUAACUUGCUCUCAUAAGAAUUUUCGUGAUUACGGUAAACGAUUAUACAGAAUUUGUAAAGAAUUCUGGACAAAUAAAGUAUCCAAUGCCCAGCUGAAGUCGGGUAUCAGUGAACGCAUGCUAUCUAUAGCAUCAGAAAAUGUGAAGAGUGUUAUAGAAGAAGUUCAGCGAGCUAAAAGUGAGAAUAUUGAAUUAUUUAAUCAAGAUUCAAGUUCUUGUGAUGUAUUUUUUUCAAAAAAUAUGAAAAGUAUUGUAGAAGCCCAGCGAGCUAGAAGUGAGAAUGUUGAAUUAUUUAAUCAAGAUUCAAGUUCAUGUGAUGUAUUUUUCUCAAAAAAUUCCAACGAUGGAACUUAAUUCCAUGUUCAAUAUUUCAAAUGCGUAUUUGAUAAAAUUUUGUCAAUUCGUUUUUAAUAUUCGAUCAUUGUGAAUAUAUUACAUUUACAGGCUCAUGGUUUUGUGAUGUUAAAAAGUUCCAGUCUAUUCUAAUAUUUAGCCUAAUUAAAGCAUUGUGAUAUGUCAGUUUUAGCAUGAAAUAAAACGUUUUUAAUCUUUUUGAA